AGCGGCCAGAGUCGAGGGAGGUUGCGGCGUUCUAUUGUGUAGCUUCAUUACACAACUGUGGGUCAGAGUCCUGUACUGAAUUUUAACUUCAUUAUGUUUGGGAAAUCUGACUUCCCAGAAAUUUUACCCUCACCACCUUCUGCAUCAGCAGAAGGUCUUCUUGGACCAACCGAUUUUACAAUGGCUCCAGAAAGUUCUGGAAGAAGAGAAAGAAAUGGCGAUCAGUUUUAUUAUAAUUCUAAUAAUGACCUCAGCCAGUCUACAGUGGAUACUGUAGAGCAGUCAUGGCUGUGUAAAACUAAAGUAACUUCAGCAGAGUGCAAAUGGUCAGUUAAGAGAAUUGAUAGCAUUGACUAUGCUAGGAGUAGUUAUGUGAAGAACAGUGAUAGGCUAUAUCCAGAAAUUGAAGUAAUGGAUGGAAAGGAAAUAGUAACAUUGACUACAUCAAACACUGCACCAGCGAGUUGUGUCAUAUCUGCUGCUCCACAGAAAAUUCUUUCGCUUCCUACCGGUGUAGGAAAUUGUAUUAGCUGGAAUACAGAGAAGCAGGGGCAAGGACAUGAAUCAGAUUUGGCCAAUGAAAUGUGUAAUUUCAAUAGAGGCUCUUCAAAGGAAGAAAACUCACUGUUGCCCUUGUUAACCCCAGAAAGCUUCAAAUCUCCUUCUCCAUGCCUGACCCAAGAAAUUUAUAGUGUAGCUUACAUGAAUUCUAUAAUCCCUCUAAAGAAAGACACAGAUGAGAAACUGGAAGAUGAAAAGGAUAGCACACUACUAAAUGUCAGUGAAAGCACAUUGCUAAAUGUCAACGAAGAUUCUUAUUGCACAUCACAGACAUUGCAACCAAAUUGCAAUGGUCUGACUUACAGGGAAGAGGAAAGCUCUCAAGCUGAUAUUCUAACUCCAGAACAAUUUACACGGCCUUUAUACCAGACACAGAUAAGCAAUGAUUUAAGUAACUUUGGCUCCUCAUAUUGUGGGAAUGGAGUAGAUGCUGAUUUAAUGAGUUCAGAUGUUGAAUAUGAACUUGAACAAGAACUAGCUGCCUUAGAGCAGGGUGAAGAUGAUGAUGACAACAAGGAAGAUCAGGAAGGACAGACACAAAGUAAAUCAUGGGCUGCUUAUAACAGUGAUCGUCUUCCUCCUAUUGGGGUCUUCUGGGAUAUUGAAAAUUGUCAGGUGCCUAAAGGACUCUCCGCAACCCAUGUGGUUCAGGCUGUAAGAUCUCGUUUCUUUACUGGUUAUCGGGAGGCUGAAUUUAUGUGUGUGUGUGAUACACUUAAGGAAAACUCAAAAAUCCUUGAGGAAUUGAAUGAUGCUCAGGUAAACGUUGUGCAUGUGGGGAGCACUGUGAAGAAUGCAGCGGACGACAAACUCCUUCAGAGUAUGAGGAGGUUUGCCGAUAUCCAUGGAACUGGUGCAACUCUUGUCCUAAUCUCAGGAGACUCAAACUUUGCUACGGAGUUGUAUGAUUUAAGAUACAGGAAGAAUCUACGUGUUAUAUUAGUCCAUAAUGCUCAUGCUCAAGAUUCUCUCAAACUUUGUGCUCACCAGACUGCCUUGUUCACGGAUGUCACACAAGAGCUUCCACAACGAGUCACUAAACCGAGGUCAACGAAUUUGCGUCGUGAAAUUAUAAUUAAAAACAUACCGGAAAAUAUGGAUGACAAUGCCAUUCGUCGCCGCCUGACAAUGCUGUCGGCUAAUUGUGGAGGCAAAGUGGGCAGGGUUCGACCCCAUGGAGUUCCCAUCUAUUUCCAAACACCUGAGCUGGCAGCAAGGGCCAAAAAGAGGCUAGAUGGUGAAGACGUGUAUGGCAGCAAGAUAUAUUGUACGUUUGGUAAGAAUUUUGACAAGGAAGGAUCCCCAAAAGUAGAUAUUAAGCACCUUCAGCACCAGAUAUCGCGGGACAGAGGGCAGGAAUCUCUGGAUACGUGGAAGCCUGUCAAUUCGCAGAUAUUUCCAAACCCAUCCCAGACAGGCAUGGGUGACACUGGCACAACGAGCCUGUCAUGGCGGGUGAGAGACCCUGUCAGUGAUUCGGCUCUUCAACCCUACACUGCGUUCAAAAGCUAUGGCAAGAAUCCUGCCAUGUCUUUUUCAGAUCAGCAUUUCGGAUCAUGCCAGCGUGCUUUUAGGAAUAACAAUUGUCGGAUUCAAAGUCAGUCAAGUGUUUCUGGAUCCAAUUCAAAUUUUGGUUUGUCAAGAGUUGACUGCAAUUCGCAUAAUGAAGGAAACAGUCGUGAUGUAGUUCAGCCAUUAUACUUGGACAAGACCCCAGAGCAGUUCAAGAAAGGAAGAUCCCAAAGAAUACAAUUUCGGAUGAGUUCCCCACCAAGCUUUUCAUUCAACACACGAACUCCAGAUUCCUACACAUUGGAUUCUUCACUUAGGGCAAGAAGUCCCUCUCCUUUGUUAUGGAGUGGUAUGAGUCCUGUGAAGCCUGUAUGGAGCCCCUCCCCUACAGUAGAUGCACAAGGACAAAUCCUUUAUGGAUUAAAGGAACUCUCCCUUGGGGAAGGUGUUAUCGAUACAAGUCUAGCUAGUGUCCAGCAAGUCCCAGUAGAAUUACAAGUGACAAAUCUUGAUCAAAACAUUGAUGCCAGGGAGAUGAAACGCAUCCUUUUCACAAUAUUUAGAGAUCAUGUCAUGGUAUUACAUGUGUCAGUGUUUGUUCAAUCUGACGGUAACUUGGCUGCUACCUUGCGGGUACCCUCACAGCAAGAUGCUCAGUAUGCCAUUUCUCAACUUCACCGUAAAAAGAUUGGUGCCAAGAGGAUUAUCAUAUCCUAUGUGAAUCAAAAUCAGCCAUCACCAGAAUUGAAGAGGUCUAAGGUCAUAGCUCUGCUACAGGAAGUUCCUGGGAAAAAGCUUCCCCUUUUCAAGUUUCGCGAACUCUAUGAGAGACGCUUUCAUGAAACCAUUGGUGUAUCAGAAAUGUAUAACAUGCGGGAUAUAGUAACUGUAUCUGAUAACAGUACAGGUAGGAUGGUCUCCCUUCAUCCUGAGUUUCGACACAUGAGCUCCCCAAUCUUGACAGAGUCGGCACAAGAGGAAGUAAGUGGUAGUAUAUCGUCCAGAUACUGUAAGAUCCAUAGUUCUGGUCCUGAUGAUUCCAUUGGUUGGGCAGAACGUGAUCAAAGCUCAAGUCUGCCAAAUGUAAAUAUGACUUUGCGGACUUUGGCUGGAAGUAUACACUCUUUGCUUCAGUCCCACUCUGGUUCACUCCCACUGGCAAGCUUGGUAGACUGUUAUGAAGCAGAAAUUGGCCCAGUUGAUGAAGCAGAGGAUGGUGUACCUUUGGAGCACUUGGUCUCCUGUUUGCCAGGAGUGUGCAUAAUGACUGCUACUGGUGGUUUCAAAUAUGUGCAGUGGGUUGAGAAUAAAGUAACAGAUGAAGCUGAAGAGCUAGCCCGAUGCGUGAGCCCUCCACUUGUUGGACAGUUGGCACUCUUUUCAAGAGAAUUGGUAGAUCUCCUCAAAACUUUCCCAUACUGCCGUUUACCUUUUUCCCGCUUCAUACCAGCAUACCAUCAUCACUUUGGCAGACAGUGUAGAGUAGCUGACUAUGGAUUUACCAAGCUUGCAGACCUAUUUGAAGCUCUCCCUCAUGUUGUGCAAGUUUUGGGGGAAGGAAAUAAACGCAUUUUGACAUUGGCACACAAAGCUCAGGUCAAAAGGUUUUCUUCAGAUCUUUUGAGGGUAUUGAAGGGCCAGCCAACAAAAGCCAUAACACUUGAGGCUUUUCCAGUUGCUUAUGAAAAGGCAUUGACAAGAACAUGGAAUGUGAUUGAUUAUGGAGUAUGUGAUGUUGAGGAUUUGCUGACUGAAGUUAGUGAAACGACAGUGAUAGUCACUCGAUCGGGCACUGAGACUACAAUUGCUAUUCCAAAGCGCGAACAAACUCCUGAAGAAAUAGAGCGAACAAGACAGUUUGCUGCCGAAGUUGUUGAGUUACUUCGGCACUCUCCACAAUGCAAAAUGCAGUUCAAUCGUUUCAUUCCAGCUUAUCACCACCAUUUUGGAAGACAGUGUAGGGUGGCUGACUAUGGGUUUAGUAAGCUGAUUGAACUAUUUGAAGCCAUUCCAGAUGUCCUUCAGGUCUAUGAUGAUGAAGAAGAUGGAGAGAAGCAGUUGCAACUGGUGGAACGAGAACGUGUCCGUGUACUAGGAGAUCAAGUGGGGGCAGUGGUAAGAGGAGCUCCUAGGCAAGCUAUCAGGAUUUCUGCCUUAACUCAGGUCUUCACUCGGUAUUAUGGGUAUUCUCUGAAACCCUCCCACUAUGGUGCCAACACUUUGGAAGAGCUUAUAGGGAAGCUUAGAAAUCAUGUAAAACUGGUGGAGACAGGUGAUGAACCCGUAGUUGCCCUUGUUGACCGAGGAUAUGUGCACGAAAUCAUGGUGCGAGCACGUAAGCUUCUGUGGGAGGACUCCAACUGCACCUAUCCCCUAGAUAAAUUUGUACAAACUUACACUGACCGUUAUGGCCAUCCUCCAAGCAUAGAAGUGAUUAGACGGGACUUGGAAGAUGUACUUGUGAUUGAGGGUGAAGGUGAAGAAGCUAAGGUUAACCUGGUGCCACUGCAAAUGUUUGCAAGAGAUCUCUUGACACUUCUCCAUGAAGCAGGGGGACGUAUGCUACUUCUGAAUUUUGAUACAGCCUAUCUUGACCGUUUUGGUGUUGCUUGUCGUCCAGCAACUUACGGUUUUCCCAAUAUAGUAGCUCUUGUUCAAGCCUUAGGAGAUUUGGUGGCAGUUAGAGGUCGCGGAACAAAAAGAAUACUUGUCUUAAACAGGGACUCGGCUCCUUCCCCUCCUAGUUUCCACAUUCCUACAUCAAGUUCAUCUUUCUAUGGAGACAAUACCGAGGGUGCAAGUGCCAAUAGUGAUACCAAGCCACCACCUCCCAGUCAUCUUCCUCCUCCAAAUAAGGUCACCCCACCUCAGCAAUGCGAUUACCAGCGAUAUAUACAAGAAGCUAAUUCAAACAGUCACUUAAUGAUGGGAAUGAAUGCUCCAACCCCCCAUCCCUCCUACCAGCCUUCAUCACCUGUGGUUUAUCCUGGCUCUCCAGCACCAACAGGGGGAUCAGUCAUGUGGGGCCAGAUGUGGUCUCCUCAGUACCCAGUUAUGCCCCCACUGUCCCCUGCUCACUACAUGGUGCCAACACUUCCCAUGAGUUGGGGAAGCAUGCCAGCCUCUCCUGCUGGUCCCCUGGGAUCUUCCACUCCCCCAGCCCCAUUGCUAGGCACCAUGGCACCCCCGAUCUCCAUACAUAUGCUCGAUGAGCUCUCCAAGCAGGUACAGUCUGCUGAUGUAAAGCAGCCUCAU